GACGCCAGCACAAGACGGAAUACAUUGGCUAGAGCGGAAAAGUUAUUCGUCCUUAUUUUGAGUUCAUUUUGAUUUUCGAAACUAAUUUUUUUCGUAAUCCAACUAAAUGGAGAAUUUUAAGAAGCGUCGACGUAUAUUUUUUAUAUUUCGAGAAACAUUUUCUCUAUUUUGAAGCGAUCAUAAUUAAUCUAAACUUUACUUAAAACGCGCCGAAUUGACAAGUAUUCAGUGUCAGUGUCAGUGUGUGUGUGCGUGAGUGAGUGUUUGUGUGAGGAAACGAAAAGCAAAUGAAUUUAGUGAAAAACAUUUAUUAAAGCAUUCACCAGGCACAAUUUUCUAUAAGCCAUUCUUUCUUACGCAUUAUGCUCACGGAUAGCGGCAACAGCAUCGACGGCAAUAAUAGCAAUAAUGUUGGCAAUGGUCAUGGACUAGGCCACAAUCAGAACCAGAAUUCAAGUGGCAUUGCUCCUAUUGGUUGCGGUGGUGGUUCUGGUGGAAGUGGUAAUGCCAUUGGUGGUAUUAGUGGCGUUAUAUCCGCUAACGAAAACUCGGCAACGUGCAAUGAUGAUACGCGAGUUGAUAAUGGAAAUGCGAAUAAAGAUGAUGACGACGGAGACGACGACGAUGAAGACGAAGAUGAUGACGAUGAUGAUGAUGAAACUACGGCAGAGUCGCCUUUAUUGCCCGUAAAGGAAGACGAACCGAAAAACCACAAUUUAAACUCCAAUUCACACAUAUCCGGAGUGAAUAGCACCACUGGGCACUAUACGCCAUUGGCUCCUUCGUCUCUUGCACUCUUGACGCCCACAUCCACGCCCAAACGUAGCAACUCCUUGACCAAUUGCUUGCCCGUGCAUCUAUCUCAGCCGGUUCAGCCCACUCUUGAUCUACUUAAUAAUAAUCACAAUAACAACAACAACAACAACCACCAGCAUAAGGGAAAUUUUUAUACAUCAUUGGAUAGAAAUUCGCCAACAACCGAUCAAGAAGGCCAAGAGUACAAGUACAAACAUUAUCCCAACGAUACAUUCUCAAAACUCGAGGGUCCAGCCCCAAAACCAAAUAACAAAAUGCAAACCAAAGUCGAUGCAGUGGGUCGGAUCACUGGCCCAUGGGGUAAAUGGCAAUUGAGAACUGUUCUCUUGAUCUUUCUCUGCAAAAUACCCUCAUCAUGGUUCAUGGCAUGCAUCAUAUUUACGGCACCAGCACCGCGUCAUGGUGAAUUCUUUUGUAAGCCACCCCAAGCGAUGGGAACUCCCAAUCAAACGGAAUGGAUUAAGGUCUCACAUCCGCAGAAGGAGGAACGGGAGGAUCAGGAAUUUAGCAUUGAUUUCUGUAAUAUCUACGAGGAUGCCCAGGAGCAUGCGCAUCAUUACUACAACUAUGAGAACAGCGCCCAGGAACCAAAAGUGUGGGAGAAGCCAUUGGCUCGGAAUUCCAAUGUUAUACCCUGCACAGAGUUUCAACACGAAGCCAGCUAUCAUUCGGUGGUGACACAAUACGAUUUGGUUUGCUCCCGUGAUAUUCUCGUAUCGGUGACGCAGUUCUUCCAUCUGUUUGGUGUCCUCACUGGCGGCAUACUGGCCAAUCAGCUAUUGAAAUACUUUAGUCCACGAAAUGUUAUGCUCUUUGGCAUGAUCACACAAAUCUUUUGUGGCAAUUUAACUGGCCAUGUGGCAUCCUAUGAAUUGCAUGUAUUCUUCCGUUGUCUCUCGGCUGUAUGCUGUGCCCAGAUGUAUACCGCUGGUGGAAUGAUCAUGGCCGACAUAACCGGUGGCAAAUAUCGCACCUGCGUCUCAACUCUAUUCGAGCAGUUCUGGUCGAUUGGUGUCAUGAUGUUGCCGGGCGUUGCAAGUUUCUGGUCCAGUUGGUCACAUCUUUAUAUGGCCAUUUCAUGGCCCACUGUAAUACUUAUCUAUCUAUGGCAAUGGAUUCCCGACUCACCACGCUGGAUGAUUGCCCGCGGUCGUGUACAAGAAGCCAAGCAGAUUCUAUUGCAGUGUGCUGAAAUGAAUGGGACACGGUAUAGCUUGCCACAUGACAUUGAUCAGCAACUGGAGCUUCAAGCUCAGACGGCCAUGGAUGCACCCCCGCCAAGUGGUUGGUGGUCCAUGUGGAAGGGAAAGAAGGCCGUACGUCAUAUCAUUUGUGUUCAUUUGGCAUGGUCACUAUACAUUGUGGUCUAUUACGGCAUGUUGCUGAAUAUACGCUCCUUUAGUCGCGAGCACUUGUAUAUCAAUACCUUCGUUGCCGGUUUCAGUGAGAUGAUGGGCACAUUUUUCGGUCUAUUCCUGAUAUUGAAGACCACUCGUAAGUGGCUAUGGACGGGAUUGUUUAAUAUAAUUGCCGGUUGUAUAGCCUAUUGUGGCUGGUUGGUACCCAAACCCGGUGAAAUCCCUAUCGAUGCUAAUGUGGCCCUAUUAAUGUGCUCUGCAAUGGUAUCCAAAAUGGCCAUCUCUACCACUCUCUCCAUAUUGACAACCUGCACUGUUGAAUUGGUUUCCGAUGAUAAAAAGAAGAUCACUUCAUUCUCAACAAUCUGCUGGGCACGGUUUUGGCUAUUGGGUGCACCGUUUAUUGGUUCCACAGUGGUUUUUGGUCAAUUAAUACCACAAACGGCUUUCGCUUCAUUGGCCAUAUGGGGCGGCAUUUGCACGGCUCUAAUCAGCAGUCCACGCACACAUCCCAUAACUAAGCCAGUCACCUCCAGCUCACCUGCAUCAGGAACCACCAACCAGGGUGCCCAGAAUAUAGCCUCACAAUUUACCAUUAUCGAGGGGAUGGAUAACAAAGGUUAUGCCCCUAGCACGAAUCCAAUUAUCUCUAGUAAUACUAUUCGAAAACUGACUACACCACAAUCGAAUCUACCUCCUCAACUAAUGCCCGGCAUUUGGACGACCAAAAUACACGAGGAUGGGCCACCAAUGUGAUAACAUAAAGGACAAAUUAAGAUCGAUCUAUAUAAAGGAUUGAGGUUUGCACAUUGGUGGUAGGCCAAUCCUUAUAACGUGUGCUAACUGCAGUCUACAAAUUUGAUAAUACUUUAUACUAAACUAAGCUAUUAACUUUUUCAAACAAAAAAAAAACAAAAGGUAACUAAGUAGUUAUAUCUAAAGUUUCAAUUGCUCAAGAAAGUAAUGAGAAAAUCCAAAAUGGAAAAUAUUGCUAUAAUGAAAAGGUCAGUCAGCCAAUAAUCUUAAAGUUUCCUUUAAGCCUACAUAUAUGUAUAUUCAAAUUUAGUUCAUAAAUGCUCUCGGGGGUAAGGCUUUAAGUAGCACUAGUUGAAAGUUUCAGCGCCGCCAUACGAUAAAUGAAUGAGUAGUAGUCUUUUAAGUUAGUCAGUCGUCAAAAUUAUGGAGCAGAUCCAGUAUUAGUCACUUAAAUAAAUACUGAUAAGUAUGCUUCCUGCUGUUGUUAAACCUUUCAAAGGUCUCCUUUAUCCCACGAAAAACCUUAUCACUAAUUGUUAAAUCAUCAAUCCUUAACUUUUAAUCCUAAUCCAUCCUCUCCCCCACGCUCGAGAAAAGCUGUUCCAUAAUAUAAUACUGUGUAGUGAUUGUGUUGUAAACACCGGGAGAGAAUUACUUGAAAAAGACAUCAUAUAUAAGUAGUUACACUUAUUCAUAAUUUUGUGCUAUUAUUAACAAACCAUUUUUGAAUUAAUUCGUAUA